UUGUUUUCUUGCCCAGCGCUGGAUGUGAGACGUCAGCGUCACCACCGCAGCCCGUAGACACACACAGCCUGCGGCCACACGUUUUUACCACCGCGUCUGGAAGAAGCGAAGCCUGGAUAGCGCAACAUAUCGGCACGCGAACAUUUCCACGCUGCGUUAUCACCUUUUCUACGGAGACCAGAUAAGGCCACUCCAUGACAGUUUUGCGUCGCGCACAACGUCUUUGCGCAUCCCACAGCAGCGGCGUCUCAUCUCGGAAUUGCUGAAAAUACUAUAAGACGUUACACGACGCUGAAUGCACCGCGCUAGACCUGCCAUGACCGCAGGGGUUCAAGGAAUGGCUCGCUGGGGCUUGGGGCUUUUAAUGGGGCUGCUGAGGCUCAGCUCGGCUUGUCCUGGGUCGUGCUUUUGCAAUGCCUCGAGGAUCUCGUGUAUCGAUCAAGAACCAGGGAUCGAGGAUUUCCCUGUCUUGGUGCCGGAGUCUGACAUGGAAAACAUUACGGAUAUAUACAUCUCAAAUCAAAAAAGGCUACUUACAAUCAAUGAGGAUCAUAUGAAGUUCUACUCAAAUCUCAGGAAUUUAACAGUGACCAAUACUCACCUGACAUAUGUAUCUACGAUGGCCUUCUUCAACAAUUCCAAACUUCAAUAUCUGAAUCUCAGAGACAAUAACUUAUCAACACUCUCUUGGAGAGCACUUCGUAAUUCAAACUUGUCAACUUUGUUGCUCUCCGGGAACCCUUUGCAAUGUGAAUGUAAGAACAUCUGGAUCAAAGUCUGGUUGGAUGACAGUGAGAGAGAGGGGCUGCAGUGUCUACAGGAAGGAGGAAGAGCAAAAGCCCUCUCUAGACUCACUCUUAAUUUAUGUGAGUAUCCACGUGUCGAGGUCAUCCCUGCUGUUGUUAGUCAAAUGGCAGGAAGUGAUGCCACAGUGAUGUGUAGUGUGUCUGGAGCCCCGACCCCUGAGCUGUCCUGGAGCUUAAACUCCAGUGAUCACCCUCCUCUCUCAACCAGCCAUGAGAUUUCUCACACAAUGGAGCUGCAGUCUAUUCUGACUCUAAGUGGACUUUCACCUGAUGACAACGGCCGAGAACUCACCUGUAGUGCCGAGAACAUUGUGGGCCAGACUGAGGCUUCAGUCCUUCUCAACAUUCUUUUUCCCCCUAGUAUCGUGCAGCUGUACCAGCCCGUGAGGAACCAGGACUGGUGCAUCCCUUUCACUGUGAUGGGCAACCCGAGGCCUGAUCUGCACUGGUACCACGAGGGGAAGCUGCUGGAGGAGCAGCAGUACAUCAGGACCGAAAUCCAUGAAAUCACGGAUACGGAGUACCACGGCUGUCUGCAGCUGGUCAUUCCCACUCAUAUCCAUAACGGCAUUUACACGCUAGUGGCUAGCAAUGAGUUCGGAGAGGACAGGGGAAACGUGUCGGCGCACUUCAUGCACACACCUGAUGUGGACCACUCAGGGACAGAGGGAGUGUUCUAUUAUGACACAACAUUUAGUCCAGAAAUCCCGCCACUGGAGGACAAAGUCGCGGUUUAUAUAGUGGUUGGAAUAGCUGGGGUUGCUUUAACCGGAUGUAUCCUGAUGUUAGUUUUCCUCAAGUAUGGCAGAAGCUCCAAGUUUGGUAUGAAAGGUGACCCGCUUCACCAUGUUUCCAAUGGCAACAACACGCCAUCAUCAUCAGAGAUGGGCCCAGAUGCCGUUAUCAUCGGAAUGACAAAGAUUCCAGUCAUCGAGAACCCCCAGUACUUCCGCAACCCCGGCAGCAUGCUGAAAUCGGACACUUUCGUCCAACACAUAAAACGUCACAACAUUUUGCUGAAGAGGGAGCUUGGAGAAGGGGCUUUUGGGAAAGUGUUCCUAGCUGAAUGUUACAACUUGUAUCCUGACCAAGAGAAGAUUUUGGUGGCUGUUAAGACUCUGAAGGAAGCCAGUGAAAGUGGGCGAGCAGAUUUCUACCGAGAGGCAGAGCUCCUGACCAACCUGCAGCAUGAUCACAUUGUCAAGUUUUAUGGUGUGUGUGUAGAAAGCGACCCUCUCAUCAUGGUGUUUGAGUACAUGAAACAUGGAGACCUCAACAAGUUUCUCAGGGCUCAUGGACCAGAUGCAGUGCUGAUGGCAGAUGGACAGCAGAGUUUGCUGGUGGAGUUAACUCAGUCUCAGAUGCUGCACAUUGCUCAGCAGAUAGCAGCAGGCAUGGUGUAUCUGGCCUCACAGCAUUUUGUGCACAGAGACCUGGCCACACGCAACUGCCUGGUGGGAGAGAACCUGCUUGUCAAGAUAGGAGACUUCGGCAUGUCCAGAGAUGUGUACAGCACCGACUACUAUAGGGUGGGUGGUCACACCAUGCUGCCCAUCCGCUGGAUGCCCCCAGAGAGCAUCAUGUACAGGAGAUUCACCACAGAGAGUGAUGUGUGGAGUUUGGGUGUGGUCCUCUGGGAAAUAUUCACAUAUGGCAAGCAACCCUGGUACCAGCUUUCAAACAAUGAGGUAAGACAGUGUUUUAUCACACAGGGUCGGGUGUUGCAGAGACCUCGUACUUGCCCCAAAGAGGUGUAUGACCUGAUGCUGGGCUGCUGGCAGAGGGAGCCCUACAUGAGACUUAACAUCAAAGAAAUCCACAACCUGCUCCAGAGCCUGGCCAAGGCCUCGCCUGUUUACUUGGACAUCCUGGGCUGAUCCGUUUGCCAGUUUGGGUGUGUAAUUGUUAGUAAGAAAAGUGUGUGUGAAUGUGUGGUAUAAAAGGAGUUAGGGAUGGUUUUGAUUAGAAUGAGUGAUUGAAUAUAGAUGUGUGUCCAUCUCUGUGUGUGUGUUCAUGAAAAUGGCUUGUGCUUCAGCACUCUAACCACAUAGACUAAAAGGCCUUAAAGUUGACUGUGUGGAUUGCUUUGAGUUUUUCCACAUCUGGACAUGUCCACUUCUGUCGUGCAUCAUUAUGUUUUCUAAAAACCCCAAAUGGUCUACAGAUUGUUGUAAAUAUGCGUCAGAGACAAUGCAGACCUUUUGUUUAACAACCUUUUUGAAAAAGGUCAUUUGGUCUAGAAAAGUUUAUAUUUGUUUUACUUUUACCAUUUAUCGAGAUGGACAGAAUUCGGACUUGAUGAGGACCCAGUCAUUAGCACAACGCUGUCAAAGCCCUGGCGUCAUUCUGGCAGACUUUACGGAGAUCGCAAUACUAUUUAUACCGCGAACUAUCGAGUUACAAUCAUGGAACUGCCAGAUUCAUGUUUCCUUUUUUUUUUUUUUUUUUUUUACACAUCUGAUCUAAUUUUAGACUAAUCUGUGCCAAGUUUUGAUGUCUAAUGCUGAGGUCGAUGAAAGGCGUUUUUGGACAUGACGGUGCGCCCCAUCUUACUCAGUGCGAACUUUGUAAUAGAAGCACAGCGACAAAGACUUCUUUUUUUUUUUCUUUGGAAGAGGCUUGAGGUUGGACACCUGGCGUUUU